UAUGCACAAAUUGCUUCUUUUUUUUUACCAGGAAACUUUGCCUCAUAAACAAAUCAUAUCAACUACAACUAAAAGCUUAGAAAAGUGUUAGUUUAAUGGCUGGAUCAUCGAGAGGAAAGAGGGGAGGAGGACGAGGAGGUGGUAAUAAUAUUGGUCGUCCACAUAUAUCCAUUGGUCCCGACAGAUUAGAAACAGAUGACCCACUUGAUUUUAAAGCCCCAGAACUCUUUCCACCUUUGCGGGCUACAGUUACUGAGAUUGAUGAAGAUAGUGAAGAUGAUGAUCUGAUAUCUUUUGAAAAGAAAUUAGCCAAACAUUUUAAUAAUGCUGCAUCAUUUAUUUCAAAAGAAGAGUUUACAAGCCCUUGGUCAUACCUCAAAUCUAUAGAAAAUCAUAACUACUUUCCACCAUCUCUGUUACCAAAAAAAAAAAAAAGUUUACAGGAUGAAAAACCAUUAAGUGAUAAACAAUGGAUGGAAAAGUUAAAAUCUGAGAUAAUUAAUCAUGAUUAUUUAUCACUGCAAGAAGUUGUUUCUGCUAAAAAAAAUAAAAUUGAUGAUUUUCUUUGUCCUGCAAACAAAAAAAAAGCGAAAACUGAUAAUCCUACUACAUCACUUUUAAUUAAUGAAAGUAUUGCCAAAGAACUUGAUGAAGAAGAAGACAUUGAUGUUGAAGACAGUGAAGAACCAAAAAAGAAAGAAGAUGAAGAAAAAGAUGAGCCGCCUAAAGAUAUUGAGGAAGAAUUUGAAAGUGAUUUGGAUGACGAAUUAGAUGAUGGUACAGAUUACAAUAAAAACUAUUUUGAUAAUGGCGAGGGGUAUGAUGAUGAUGAUGAUGGUCUGGACGAUAAUGAUGCAAUUUAUUAAU